UUGAUAGAAUUCAGUGGGGAUUAUUUAGAUGUCAAACAACUAUUUUGCAUAAUCCCAGAGAGAAAAAUUGAAAAUUUCACCAUUUUUAAGAGAGAGGAGAGAGUGUGUGGUGAUUGAUUUGUGAUGGAGGCCCAUUAAGAAACACACACUGUCACCCAGGUUGAAGAGCAGCGCAGUUCAUUGGAAGGGUAGCAUGGAAAACCAAAGUUUUCUGAAUACUCCAUUGAUUCAUACCCCUCAUUUGAAAACAGAUGUAGAAUCAAGACUCCAGUGCACUGACACCACUGGAACAGGCUUCAUUAGAUCUUGCUACAUUGCAAUCAGUGCCUUCCUAGGAAUUGGAAUUUUAACACUUCCCUACGCGGUUGCAAGGAGCGGAUGGUUGGCUCUAAUCCUACUUGCUAUAACAGCUUAUAUGUCAUUUUGCACUGCAAUUUUGCUCAAGAGAUGCAUGCAGGCAGAUCCAUAUAUAAGAAGCUAUCAGGACAUAGCAGAGCUUGCUUUUGGCAAAGAAUUUAGGCUGAUAGUCCAUGUUUUGAUGAAUAUGGAGCUCUACCUUGUUGCUGUGGGGUUGUUGAUCAUUGAAGGGGACACUCUGCAUAAGUUGUUUCCCAAUUUUGUCGUAAACCUUGGGGGGUUAAGGCUUGGAGGGGAGCUGUUUUCUGUUGUGGUCACAGCUCUGGUGAUUCUGCCUUCAGCCUUGUUGACCGACUUGGGAGUGUUGUCAUAUGUGUUUGCCAUGGGGGCUGCUGCAAUUAUCAUAAUCGUCGUUUCGAUUCUCUUCACUGGUGUGUCUGGGGGGGUUGGAUUUGAUGGCAAGAGCCAAUUGCUGAUCACGGGUGGUUUCCCUACUUCUAUUGCCUUGUUUAUAGCUUGCUUUGGUGGCCAUCCAGUGAUUCCUACUGUAUACAUAUCUAUGAAGAACAAACAUCAGUUCACAAUGGUGAUGCUCAUCAGCUUCCUUUUCAACAAUGUCAUAUACAUAUCCAUUGCUGUUGUUGGGUAUCUCAUGUAUGGGAGUGAUGUGCAAUCACAGAUAACUUUGAACCUUCCCACAAGGGAGUUGAGCUCAAAACUGGCAAUAUACACCACCUUAGCCAUCCCAGUUUGCAGGUAUGCCUUGGUAAUGACUCCAGUGGCAAGCAGCAUAGAAACCGGGCUGAUGAACAAGAAUGGAGACAAGAGAUCGAUCAGGCUCCUUACUCGCAUCGCCUUACUGAUCAGCGUGGCAGUUACAGCAUGCAUUUUCCCAUAUUUCGAGUCCCUGAUGGCUGUAGUGGGAUCCAUUUGUGUAGUUCUGGCAUCAUUCUUGCUGCCCUGUUGCUGCUACUUGAAGAUUUCUGGUACUUACAGGAAAUGGAGCUAUGAGUUGGUGGGCAUAAUUUGGAUCAUAAUAUUUGGGACGGUGGCUGGAGUUGUAGGGACUUACGCAUCUAUUAGUGAUCUUGUUGGUAAGAUGUGAGUGGGUUUGGAUUUUGUAGUUGAGAGUAGUUGAGAGAAUUGUAGAUGAGGGAA